AUGCAAGGAGGUGUUAGAAGGAAGAAGGACCUGUUGCCAAGGUAUGGUAACAAGCUGCAUCCACGCAACAAUGGGUCGCGUAACCCGUUCAACUACAUGACGACUCCGAUGAAGAAGAUCCUGGGUUACAUCCUGCUGUUGUUGAUCACUUUUGCAUUUAUCAAGACUGUGUACAGCGACUUACAACACGAGCCCAGCUUUGAACUGGAUCACGAGUCCCUGGCAUCAAGCAUGGAAAAGAGUGGUAAGCUGAACAUUGAUCCAAAGGAAUUUGUAGGUGUAAAUAACGAACAGAGAGCCAAGGAUAAGAUCCAGGAUACUGAGAAACUGAUGAGAGAUGAGAAGGAAAGAGUUGCUGUCGCUGGAGGUGGAAGCGGUAGUGGUAAUGCCAUCGGUGCUGGAGCCAACAAUGCAGCCAAGAAAGGCACUAAAAAGCAGCAACAACAAGCAGCUGCGGCAGCUGCCGUAGGUGCCGCUGUGCCAAACGGUCAAGAGCCAGAUGACUUGACUAAGGAGCAAAAGGAGAAGCAGGAAGAGAUCAAACAACAACAGCAACAACAAGCCCCAGCUGAUAAGAACAACCUCAAGGCUAAAGGUGGGAACAACGUUGCCGACAACUCAAACAAAGAUAAGAUGAAAGAUAUAAAAAAUGAUAUGAUCAAGGACUCAAAGAAAGAUGUCAAUGAUGUGAAGAAAAACGUAAAGCAAGAUUUGAAGGACUCUAAGAAAGAUCUAAAGAAUGCUCAAGCGAAUGUGUAG